AUGAAAACCCAAGAAAACGGCCAAUAUGCUGAUGUACAAGAAAACGAUCAAUUUGCUGAUGUACAAGAAAAAGACCAAUAUACUACAGUACAGGAAAUUGAGCAGCAGCAGGAUUAUGAGCUCGCAAGAGUUGUAGAGCCCACCAAAGAAGACUGGUGCAACUUGAGAGAAGUUUCGGAUGAUAUUCCCAAGGCUGCCUAUCUUGUAAUUUUGGUUGAAUUUUGUGAAAGAUUUACUUAUUAUGGCUUGACUGGACCAUUCCAGAACUACAUACAAAACCCUAAUCCGCCAAGUUACCCAGCAGAUUUACCUGGGGCGAUGGGCAAAGGUCAGCAGGCAGCCACGGCUUUAACGACGUUCUUCCAGUUUUGGUGUUACAUUACGCCCAUCAUCGGAGCUAUUAUUGCAGAUCAAUAUUGGGGUAAAUACAAGACAAUUCUAGUAUUCGCUUGCAUAUAUUUUGUUGGGUUGGUUAUUCUGACAUUGACAUCCAUACCCGCUGCAAUCGCAUCAGGUGCUACCUUUCCUGGAUUUAUUGUUGCAAUCAUUAUUAUUGGUUUUGCCACGGGUGGAAUCAAGGCUAAUGUUUCACCUCUUGUCGCCGAACAAUAUCAAAACACCAAGCCCUUUAUCAAAUUACUUCCACGCAAAAUUUCCUCAAAAUUCUCAGCCAAUGAAGAACGGGUUAUUGUGACACCUCAAGCCACAUAUCAAAAGCUAUUCAACAUGUUUUAUUGGGGUAUAAAUGUUGGUUCUCUUGCCGCUAUCACUACCGUCAUUCUGGAAAAAAACUGUGGUUUCUGGCCAGCUUUUCUGUUACCCACGCUUGUAUUCAUACCUGGUAUUCUACUUGUAUUGGCCGGUAAAAAAUAUUAUGUUCGCAAUCCUCCUCGUGGCUCUAUUUUUAUUGAAGCUGGUAAAGUCAUUCGGCUUUCUUUUAAAUAUGGCCUCGAAGGUUGUAAACCAUCAGUAAUGCGUGUAGAUCAUCCUGAAGAAGCUCAAAAGGCUACAUGGGAUGAUGUUUUUGUGGAUGAACUUCGUCGAACUUUCAAAGCGUGCAUUGUAUUUUGUUGGUUUCCUAUUUACUGGCUUUGCUACUCACAAAUGACCAACAAUAUGGUUUCAAUGACUGCCACAAUGAAAACAGGCAAUGUCCCAAAUGACAUUAUGCAAAAUAUCAAUCCUUUGACACUUGUGGUUUUAAUUCCUUUGAUGGACCGCUUCUUCUAUCCUGGUCUUCGUCGUUUUGGGUUUCAUUUCGGGCCCAUGGCGCGCAUCACAUGUGGAUUCGCCUUUGCAUCCUUUUCUAUGGCCUACGCCGCUGGUAUUCAGGCCUAUAUUUACAGUAAGGGUCCCUACUACGACCAUCCUACCGGCAAUGGUCAGAACGAUGUUUCUGCAGGAUUGAUUGUUCCUGCAUAUGUUUUAGUAGCAAUAUCAGAAAUUUUCGCUUCUAUCACGGGUCUAGAAUAUGCUUUUAGAAAGGCGCCCGAGAAGAUGAAGUCUCUUGUCAUGGCAACUUUCCUAUUAACCAGCUGUUUUGGUUCCAUUCUUGGCUUUGCCCUGGUCUCAGUGGCAGUGGAUCCCAAGCUUUUAUGGAUGUACACAGGUAUUGCUGUGGCCAUGGGAAUUUGUGCGCCAUUAUUCUACUAUUGUCACGGAAAGAACGAUCAGAUUGAUGUAUUAGAAGACGCAAUUGCUAGAAAUAAUGAAACCGAAACGGCUGCCGAAUAUGAAGCAGAGGUUAAGCCUACUGUCUAA